CCAUGAUUAUGAUUUUUCCCCAAAUGAUUGUUUAUAUUUAACCAAACUGUUAACGUUUGUGAUUAUCAUCGAGGAUCUAAUAAAACGUCGAUAGUCAAUCACCAGAUGCGCGGGGCGAUACGCUGAGUGAGACGGACUGCACCGGAGAGAGUGAGAGUGUGGUGAAGGUGUGUCGGAAAUGGCGGAAAAUGAAAGUUUUAGUGGCAAAUUGUAUAAAUACGGAUGUCGGUAGCUUACCUCGAUUCAGAAUUUAUUGAUUCUUUAACGCGUCGGAAGUGAUCGUCACAUUUUAAGCUGGUGGCAAUGCAGGCGAAAAACAGGUGCUCGAUCAUCGUUAUACUGUGCUGUACCGUUGGGUGGUUAGGACCUGCACAGGCCUUUGUUCUCAGUGAUGUGAUGGCUCGAAACGGACGGGACCAGUUGCAGGACACAAAUGCAACGGAGGUGCAUCGCAGCUCCGAAUCGUCUCGUCUUACGUUCGAGUUCGUCAUUGAACUCAAUCGACUGAUCCACCGGCUAUCCUCGAUUCCUGCAGCAGACGGUCCACUGAGUGCAUCAAAGAAGGCCUACGCGACGGAGCAAGAGUGGCAGCAAACGGAACAACGAUUAGAGCAACUGUUACAGCGGAAUAUCAAGAAGGAUGAUCACAGCAACGAAACAUUGACGAUGGAACACCUCGCGGCUGCCAGUAAAGCAUUUCGGAAGCAUAAGAAAGACUUUGAGGGAUUACUUUCGUCGAACGAUAGUCGACUCCGUGCGGUGCCGCUCGCACUGGCAGUGAACUUUGCCGUUGAGGAUCUUAAGGAAAUCUCGAUCGAUUUACUGCACCAUCUGGAGCGUAGUAAUGGCACCGUAACCAACCGGGCGAUCGAUUCGGGGAUGACAGUAUCGUCCUUUCUGGCCUACUUCCGCCGUAAGAUCGAUGAUACGAAAAAGGCAUUCGUAACGCAAGCGAACCUAACACUGCGCCGCAUCAAGACUCGGUUAGCGGAAGUAGAAACCACCCAAGCGCUAGCCAGUUACAUUGAGUUCCUUAAUGCGAGGUUUGCCUUGUUGAAGACCACAAUAAUGACCAGUCUCGAACAGGCCUACACGAUGGUGAGCACUUCGUUAACGAACAACGGUAACGAGGCGGACACGAACUUGGCUUCGGGUUUGGUCGCGUUGCUAGCGGGUGCGAUCGAUCCGACGAUGCAAACUUCGCACUACCUUGAACGGUGCCUAACACGUUUCGUCUACCAUUACUAUGAGCAGUCACGUGCCCUUGGCAAACUGUUGUACUGCGUCCAGAUGGAGCCCGACACACUGGACUCGCUGGUAGCGAUCACUGUUCCUUUCCUACGACGGGCCGUAGAAUCCGAUUCGGAUGUUACACAGCUCAACUUCAUCUGCUCCUCGCCAGAUUCUACGGAUUGCGAGGAUGUUUUUUUGCAAAAUUUAAUGAUCACCGACACCAGAGAUCUUCGGUACACGAAGUUUGAGGAGCUUAUCGGUGCAGAGUUAACGCUGCUCGCGGAACGGGUUGAUACGUGCACGUCGGCUAUUCCGCCCGUCAUGCUACAGUUUACUACGGAUACUCAGGCCAAGUUUACUACCUGCUUGUCGACUGGGAGAACAGCUUAAAGGCAAAUGAAGGGUGCGGCUCGUUAGUCUCGCUUUCUAUUGAAUAAACUAAUUUAUUUCUCUCGU